AUGCGUCUUUUCACCACUGUCGCUACGGCCAUUAUCGGCCUGGCGGGCGUCCAGACAGUCGCUGGUGCCCCAUCAAAUCACACCAGCCCCGGGUGCUGUCGGAACCCUCUGGUCCGAUACGAAUGGCGACAACUAUCCUUGGAGCAGAGAUUAAGCUACAUCGAUGCUAUCAAAUGCUUGAUGUCUCUGCCGUCGGAAGGCAAUAAUCUGUGGCCUGGUGCGAAGACUCGGUACGACGAUUUCCAGGGUAUGCACAUCUAUGUCACAGAACAGGUGCACUUCAAUGUGAGUCAACUCAAUCUGCGUUCCAAGGCCAGUGGGUGGAUUCAAUAUGCUGAUGUUACCAUAGGGACCUUUCCUCCCCUGAGGAACAAAUGCUCCUACCAAGGAACACUACCCUACUGGGACUUGAGUCUUGACAACACUGCGGAAAGUUUUGUCAACUCGCCAAUCUUUGACAACACUUACGGAUUCGGCGGUAACGGGCCGUAUGUCGAGGAUAUCAGUGAUGACGAGGAGUUCCCGGUCAAGACCCCCACGGAAAUUCCGGGAAGGAGUGGAGGAGGUUGCGUCCAGGAAGGGCCAUUUGCGAACCUCACUGUUUCCAUGGGUCUCGGCUCCUCACUUGAACCGCAACCCCAUUGCCUACGUCGAGAUUUCAGUCCCACCCUCGUUGCCAGUGCCCUGAGAGACGAGAUUGUUGACCGUGCGCUCUCUGCGCCGACCUAUGGUGAAUUCAACUCUCACAUUCAGGGCUACAGUUUCGAGUUCGACAGCCUGACUCUCCACGCGUGCAUGCAUCUUGGCAUCGGCGGUGCUGUUGGCGAGGUACAUAUCCACUGCUAUACCUCUUUCGUGACAUAUUCCUCACCCGGCGAUCCACUCUUCUACUUUGUCCACGGCGCACUGGACAAGACCUGGAACGACUGGCAGCGGCGAGACUGGCCCGCGCGUAAAACCGCCAUCGGCGGCCCGGACACCAUAUUCGCGUACCCGUUCAACUUCUUCGGUGACGUGCCGUACGAGAACAUUACGCUGCAGUACCCUCUCAAGUAUCCCAACUUUGGAGAGGAUAUCCCCAUCAGCGAUGUGAUGGAUAUCCAUGUUGGCCCGUUUUGCUACGAGUAUAAGUAG